UCUCGCAAUCAGUUGCACAACCCGUCCAACUGUAUUUGUACCUGUCCCCAUUGAAUCGCUUCUCACUUCAUUCUCACUCUUUUUCCCCUUUUUAUUCAUUCAGUUUGUGUGCAAGUCAUAAGUGAUAGGCAGUUAAGCCCAUGGUUAGUGCAAAUUGCGCAAAAAGUGUUUGCAAAAGCGGCUUGAAGUGAGAUUUCCUAUCGGAACUCGUUACAAAGUGACAUUUGGGGUUGAAGGUGGUUGAAAUUAGCUAGUGGCGGUUGUUAAAAUUGACAAUUUUGUUGCUUUAAAGCUGUCAGAAAAUUUUCUUGUUUACAAUUUAUGACAUUAGUGGAGAAGUUUGGCACUUGUGUGGGUGAGAGGACAGAUAAUGGGGUGCGCUUGUGUGCGUGCAGGAACGCACCAUUCUUCCGUUUGAGAGUGUGAAAAGUAGAAAUCUGUGUCCAACUGGCAAUUGUCUAUAAACAGGAUUUGGCUUAUGUUGACAGGUUUGACGACGCAAACAAGUGCGAUUGUUUGUUUACUGUGCGGGGGUGGCGAUUGGAGUGUGCGUUACGUUGGGGAAAAGUGUUUUGCUGAAGAUUUGAAAGCAGAAGUUACGAUUUUCGUCGCUUUGAAAAGAUUUUUUGUCAAUACAAAAGGUUAUUAAUGGUCUCAAGUGCGAACACCAACACAUGGACAGGGGCGACCAACCGUGGUGGCCGCACUCCUCUGGAGAAGUGUGAUUAAAGUGUGAAGAAACCGAACACGUGUGCAUGUGUAUGUUGUUAAUGAAAACAUAGGACCACCAUACAGACGCAGCGUGGCUAGUGCAAGAAGAGAGUGAAAAAAUAUUUUAAAAAAUGUAGGCAUACACUGUUUUUGGACAUCAACUAAUACAUCGGACCUUUGCUGCUAAAUCAAUGAAAAGAUAGUUUUUGCAGCCUUGCAAAUUCCUCAAUCGGGAACGGGCGAUUACCGUUUUACUUUUCGUCUUGGAGAGAUUUUUUUCGUUUCUGAAAAGAGAAGAAGUUAAAAUGUACAGAGUAGUCGUACACUGAAGCGGGUUAUAUUCGGUUGAAGAAGCGAACUACGGUGAAGAGUCGUGACAACCGCCAAUUAUCUUGCCUGUGCGAAGAGAAAAACCUGUCGAAAUAUGGAAACGCUUACCGAAAGCAGUAUCGCUCCGGAGCUGCGGAACGAUUCGGUGAUUCCGACGUCACCGGACGAGGAACGCACCUUACAUCAUCGCCACCACCAUCAUCACAACAACAAUAAUGACGACGAUGACGAUCUGGCCAACAUAAUCCAUCCGGGAAACCUCCACGAAGAACAGUCCCAGUCCUCUCAGGACAGCAAUAGUCUUAUGUCCCCUCCACCAGGUGGUGGCGGCAACGAAGACCCUCCAGAAGAAUCCAUCGAGAACAUUGCCAAGGAGCUGCAGAACAACAGCUGUUCGGACAAUGGUUCGACAGACGAGGGAUCUCAGCCGGAAGCCCUCCACAAUACCGAUUCCAGCAGUAUACCGGUACUGGGUUCGGAAAACCCAGAAGGUAGCACAUCACCGCUGGUUGCGACCACCGGCCAGAGGAUUCACAUUGCACCCGUCUCGAACGGAAGUCUGCUGUCGAAGGGUGCCGGUACUGGUGGUAAACCAACCACAAUGAGGGAUCUUGACCGAAAGAUGAACAAAUCGAGAGGCCGGCCGAAGCGGCGCGCAAUGGUCGCCAUGUAUCAAAGUGAGAUCAGUGAAAACAAGAUCGGCAUUAAGCUGUGUAUAAAGAAGGCAUCUGAUGCGAUAGUACAACAACCAAAGAGAGCGAGCCGCAAGCGGGCCCGCAAGUCCAAGCAAGGCCUUACCACCGGAGACGGGGACAGUGACGAUGGGACACCGGAGAAGCGCGUUCGUCGGCCCCGGGAAUCCCGCAAGACCAACAACAACACCGAGAAGGCAGCCGGUGCUGCCGCUGCGGCCUCGGAAGAGUACAAGCGACCCGAGGAUCAGAGCGUCUGGGCGGACCAGAUCCCCGAGCAUGUACUCUGCAUGAUAUUCCAAAACGUCAUCCAAGACGACGGCAACAUUCCAGCGCUCAUUCGGUUAGGCAAGGUAUGUUCAGCCUGGCACAAAGCUUCCCAAGUGGCCUCGCUGUGGCGCACGGUAGAUCUCGGCAACUGGACCAAGGAUCGGUUCAAGACGGAAAUCAAGCUGAAGUGGCUCAUCGAUAACCGGCUACGACACAGUACGGAUGUCAGCUUUGGUAACUGGAAGAUCACCAACGUUCAGUGCGUCCUCGAUAGGCUACUGUUGGCUGCGCCCAACCUUGUAGGGAUCACGUUGACCGGCUGGAAACAGCUCACGUCAGACCACCUGAUGUGGCUCGUGCAGGAGUUCAAGAGCCUACGGAGAAUAGAUCUGAGCUCAAUUAAUGCCGAAGUUAACGCCAAUAAGACCGCCGUUGGCCAGGUUUCGCUGUGUAACGCCAUUACGGAGAUGGGUGAGCGGUUAACGCAUCUCUACCUGGCGCACAACCGGUUGAGCGGAAUCCCUCAGAUAGUCAAGGCCCUUUCGACCCAGUGCCCAAACCUGGCCCUGCUGGAUCUGUCCAACGUAAGUACAAUUGCCAUCUCGCACGGUAUACUCAACAUCGAGCAGCUGCAGUCCGGCUGCCAAAAGCUGAAGGUCCUGCGGAUAACCAACUCCCACAUCAACCUGAGCUCUGCAACGCUCCAGGAACAGAUGGAAUCUCCAGGCUUUCCGGAGCUGGAGGAACUGUCGGUGGCGUCCCUGGCGGACGAAUCGCGCCUCUUCAACGACGAGUUCCUGCAGCGGAUCCUCAAAACCAGCACCCAGCUAAAGCUGCUGGACGUGCGGGGUUGCUCGCGGUUGACCCACGACAGCCUCAUUCGGUUACCCACCUGGGACCUCAAGCAUCUCUUCCUCUCCGGGUGCUCGAUCACGCGGGACCUCGGUUCCGGACUGGAGUUGAUCGCUUCCAAGUGGGCUCACAGCCUGAUCGAGUUCGAUCUAGCCUGGGCCAACGCCACCAAACCACUGGAUGAGGCCCUCGUAGCCCUCGCCGAUAAGGGUUCCGAGUCCCCGUUGAACCACCUGAACCUGUGCGGUUCGUCGGUAUCGCUGGAAGCGGUCAAGGAGGUACUCACCAACUGUCCCCACAUCAACUCGAUCAAUCUGUCCUCCUGUCGGGGGCUUCCACGGGGCGUCAAGCGUCUGCUGCAAGGACCCACAGAAAUUGCCGAGCUGCGCGAGAAUCUGGGCGUGACGCUGAAGCAACCCAAGCCGGAUGCCUAAGCGCGCUAGUGUGAUAACUGGGGACUCCUUGGAAGAGAUUACGAUCUCACCAAAAGGAUCCGUAAACAACGUUGGAAAUUGACAGCUGAUUUAGUAUCAAACGUUCUCUUCAAUGGUUUGCUCGAGAUGUCAAAACUUCUGCUUGGGUCGAUCCUCAUGAAACACGCUUUGUCUGGAAAACAAGUCUAUGGUUUAUUCUUACAAUACACAUCAAGCUAAGUAUAACUGUAAUACUUUACCUGUUGAGUUGGAAUGUGCGUAAGCACUUGUCAAUAUUAUUUGCUACAAAUUUUACUUGUACACUAUUCUAAAAAAAAGUCUUUAUAUGUACUUUUGUUAGAAUUACCUCGGUAGCUAUAAUCGAUCUGUUUUAUUUUAAUUAAUGUAAUUUUAAUUGUACAACCCUAUCGUUUCUGAAAAACACUCAAAAAUGCCAUUUAGACCCAAUCAAAACUCAGUAUUUAUGGCUCUCUAAAAAAUAUUUCUCCCCAAUUUCUGCUGAAAACAAAGAUCUUGAAAAGUUCCUUGCCUAACUGAAAGUGACAGCUAUUUUUUACCGUUUAAGUAAUUUUGCUGUGAACAAACAGUUGAGCUGAUAACUAUAAAAUCAUCUUUUCAAAAAUAUUGCAUUAUACAAUGAGCGAUUGAAGAAUCUUCAUCAAAUUUGAUCAACUGAGAAUAUCAGUUUACAUUUUUUGAUCUCACUAACGCGAAACUUCAGACGCAACUUCUAGGAAACGAUCAUUGUUUGUAAACAGUGUGGUAAUAUCAGUGAGAUUCAGAAGUGAUUUUUCCUAUCGUGUUUUACAUUUUUUUUUAUCGGUGUAACAAUAAAUUCCAUCAAAUGUUGUAUGAAAAUUUAUGGCUUUUAGGUGGCGAGGAACCUUUAUUUUGGGUUUUGUGUCUUCAGCUUUUUGAUCCUCUAAAACGAGAUUCCAACCUUUUUACACAUUCUAAGUAUUAAAUCCUUUGUUCGGGCAUUCAUCACCAUACCAUCAUAACCUCAUUAAAUAAUUUCAAACUCAUGAAAUUUAGCCAACAUUUUAUUUGUUAUCAAACUGUGUUAAGCUCAAAAUAUUUCAUGUCUGAAUGUUUGACCUUUAAUACAUUAUAUUAUUUCAAUUUAAAUUAAACGUAAAUUUAAGUUAGGCAGCUUCCACGAGACAUAAAUUAUUCGAGGCAAACAUGUACGUACAUAAAAAAAACUUGAAAGGUGAAAAGCAUGAAGAAGAAAACUUUACUUUUUAAAAAAGAAAACACUUGUUGCAAUAAUACUUUCGCCCCUAACAUUUAAGAAUGUAACGCGUAAGUUUGUGGUAAUACACAAAAACAAAUUUACAUAAUUUUAAAUUUAACAAGCAAAUUGUGUUGUAAACAUAUGAAACAAUAGAGUUUUUCCCCCACACAGAUCAAAAUAGUAGUGAAGAUGAAAAUAAAUUAAACAAAACCGCAGUGUUAUUUAAAAAUCAAGCAGCAAAAUUAAAAACAACAAACUUGUGAAUAGUUUAUCUACAUUUAGUGCCGCAGCUGCAGCAAUCGCCAUGAAAAAAAGAAAACAAAAAAUGGUCAGCUGAAAGUAGCAAACAAAAAUCGAAUACACGUAGUAAAAUAAAAAAGCUAAGCGAACAAAUGAACACACACAGCAUUAUUAUCAAAAGAAAUAUGUAAAAGUAAAUCAAUUGAUUCGAAAACACACACACAAAAAAACACAACAGAACAAAAAUGAUGAAUACAGUGUACUAAAUAGAAAAGCACAGACACAGAAAAGCAGCUGGCACGUGCGUAGGUAAGGAUCAAUUCUUAUUAGUAGGAAAUGGUAAAUUAUUUAAAGAAGAAACCCGCAGACAUUAUUAAGAGUAUGAACUAGUACGGUAAGCAAUGUAAAUCAUACACACACACAGAGAAGAACACAUUUAAGAAAAUCGAUCGUGCGAUGAGUAAGUUAAACAAAACUAAAUUAAUAUAAAUCGGUACAGCGCAACAACAGAAACAUAAACAACAAACCGUAAACAAAAUUGAUAAAGUGUACAUUUUUAUUAAAGUCGUUUUGUUUAAAACUAUAAAGCUAUAUUAUUGAAUAAAUGUGUUUUUAUAAAAAUAUGAA